ACCGCUAGCACAAGCCAACGCAAAGAUACGCGGGCCCACUCUGUCAGGGUGUUCCCUCGCUCCUCCUUUUAUACGCGGAGGCAGCACGCACCGGCAAGCCGGAGGCACCUUCUCAUCUCGCGUCGCGUCCACUCUCCGGUUCCCACCUCGCCCUCUCCGUCAUGGACCACCCGGCCAAGAUCAAGAAGCCGCAGCCGCCCGCCGGGGACGCACCGCCACCCCGGCCGCCGGCCGCGGCGGAGGCCGCGGCGAAGAAGAAGCCGACGACGCUCCUCGACGCGUACGAGGUGGAGUGCAUCCGGCGGGAGCUGGAGCGGCUCGUCCUCAAGCACAACCUCCUGAGCACCGGGGGCGGCGGCUCUGCCGCGCCGCCGCCGAACGCGCGCGGUCGCCGCCACCGCUGCCACGACGACCACCACCACCACCUGCACCGCCAACGCGUGAGCAGCGGCGCAAGGAGGGCGGCGAGCGCCACGCGUGUCAGCCCGUCGCCGUCGCCGUCGCUGCCGGCUCCUGCGGCGGGGCCCAAGAGGAAGGGCCGCCCCGCGGUGCGGCUGCUGGGGCGGCACGCCGUCGCGAUCUGCAGCGGCACCGCGCCCGUGGCCGGCGCUCCCUCCGGCGUCAUAGGGCGGCGCGCUGUCGCGAUCUGCAGCGGCAGGAGGCGGCCGCCGGGCGCGGGCGGGGGCGGGGGCUACCGGGAGGUGGAGAAGGUGUAGCGCGCCACUAGCCCGCCCACUGCAACAUUGCUACUCCGUCCGGCCUGACAGUCACCUAAUCUACUAGGGUUACUUUUCGAUUCUCGUCGUGCUCGCGCGUGGUUAGUGGAAUCUUUUCGAGAGAGAAAAAAAAGAUUCGCCGUGUAAAUCUAGGCAACUUUUGUCUCUGAUCUUGUUUCCGAAUUGUCCAGUUGCAUAAUUGUGCCUCCGUAGCAGCGGACACUGGAGCAGUGUAAGUGAAGUCUUCCGAUCGAUGAGAAACUUCUACGUGUUUGGUCUAAA